CCAAGACCAGGUGCUCUAGAAUACUCUAAGGCCCCGAGGACGUGCACCGGGCUCUCUGGACGUGUUCUAGAACGUUCCGGAACAUUCCACAGAAUUCCUCGCGAUUCCAAGGACAUUCCCUGGGCAUUCUAGAACAUUCUGGAAUCCUGGAAACACGCACCAGGGGUUCUGGAAAAUUCCAAGGCCCAAGAACGCACGACAGACUCUCCCAGAAUUCCCUGGGAGCACUGACCGUUCCGGAACGUCCCUGGUAUCCACCAGGAUGUUUGCACAACCUUCGGCCCCGCCAACUCCUCCCCCAGCCCUGGCAAUAAAUAGACGCCGGGUCCCCGCCGGCUCAGACGACGACGAAGACGAUGGUGAUGAAGAUGACGGUGACGAAGGCUCUCCUCCUCGCCCUCACGGUGGGCGUGGCCUGUGCGGACGUCGACCCCGCCCAGCUCUCCGGGCCCUGGCGCACCUCCGCCAUGGCCUCCAACAACCUGGAAAUGAUCCUGAAGGAUGGGCCACUCCGGAUGCUGUUCCGCGAGAUGGAGUGCAACGAGGACUGCAACGCCCUGAACGUCUUCUUCUACGUCAAGAAGAACGAGGUAUGCACCCCGCACACGGUUGUGGCCCAGAAGAACGCAGACGGCAUCUACACCACUGACUUCGAGGGCCAGACCUCCUUCCAGUUCCAGGAAUUGGAUCCCACUAGCCUCAUCGUCUUCAUCAAUAACAUGGCAUCCGGCGGCACCACCAGCCGCCUCAGCUUCCUCACUGCCAAAUUGAAUUUCAUAAACGAUGACGCGCUGGACGACUACGCGAGGCUCACGGAGCAGAAUGGGAUCCCGCGGAAGUACAUCCGGCGUGUGGCCGACACAGACACCUGUCCACCCUGAGGACGCCUCCCUUGGAGAAGGUGCCAGAACGUUCUAGACCAUUCCAGAACGUUCUAGACCAUUCCAGAACCGCCCCUGAUCGCCUCACCAUCUCCUCCCACCUGCGAAUGCGCUAGCAUGCUCCGGACAUUCUAGAACGUUCUGGAUUGAUCCAAGAUGGUCUGGAUCGUCCCAGAAUUUCUAGAAAGCUCCGGAACAUUCUAGAAUCGGCCGUCCCCGGCUUUCUCUGCUUCCUGUUCAUGGAAUAAACUCAUCCUAGGC